AUGGCAUCAAAAUCUAGCUCGGGCGUUGGAUCGAUCAACACUCCAGGCCCCGGCACUCACUAUCUCCGCCCGGAACUUCACGACUUGAAAAUCAUCGGAGUCGAGGAACAUGUUGUUUUCCCCAAAUUGACGGCACGAAUUCCUGAAAAGGUUCUGGCUGUGCAUGCCAAACGUGUGUUUGGACAACUUGUUGACCACGAGGCCAUGGCGUACGCCGGUGGCAGCUCCACCGAAACCGGAGCGCAACGGCUUCAAGACAUGAAUGAAGGCGGCAUCGCAAUGCAAAUACUCAGUCUGGCGGGGCCAGUCAAUUGUAUGCAGAUGGAGCCGGAACCUGGCCUUGCUUUGGCGCGAGACAUAAACAACGAACUGAAAAGGGCCGUCGACGCGCAUCCCGACCGAUUCAAAGCCCUUGCGGAUUUGCCUUUCCAUGCGCCGAAACUAGCUAUUGAAGAGCUUCGCCGCAGCGUGCAGCAACUGGGCUUUGUUGGAGCGAUGAUGGCCGGCUCGGUCGGAUGUACUGGCAAGUUCCUCGACGACCCUGAGUUCGACGAUCUCUUGUCGGAAUUUGAGGCGCUCGAUGUCCCUCUGUAUCUCCAUCCUGGUAUUGCACCUCCUGCUGUGAUUGACACCUACUAUUAA